CCUCAUGGCAGAAAGGACCGGCCUAGGGAUGACACUGCGACCCCGGAGGACCUAGAGACCCGAGAGAGAAGGGGCGUUCCACGCUUGUGGCUUGGUGGUAAAACACAGCACGAGGGCCGGGAGGUCCUAGUGACCCACUGCGGUGGCAGUCUGACCGACCCCCUUACCCCGCCCCCGGGCUAGAGGGGUGUCAGCGGAGAUGUCACGGGAGGCGAUUAUUCGCUGGUGCGCGCAGUCGUGCGGCGGCUACUGACGGGGCGGGCGGAGGGGGGGCGCCACCUCUGGGGAGACCGCCCAGAGCUGCGCCGUCAGCUCAGCAGCCCGCGCCAGGCGCACACGCAUCGCCGCGCCCUCGCGUCCCCCGCAGUAAAGUUCGGCUCAACUUUGACGCCCUGUCCCUUCCACCUCUCUGCAGGUCCUCAGCGGCCGCGGCGAAGCAGGCGGCGGCGGACACUCAAGCGCAGCCCCGGGGCCCCACGCGGAGGUCGGCGGCGACAGCGACAGUAGCAAAGGAGCGCGCGAGUGGGCGCCGGAGGAGACCCGGAGAGCGCCUAGUCCGGAGCGCGCCUUUUGGAACCGCUCGUGGGUGCCGGCCACGCAGGGCGCCACACCUCUGCCGAUUGAACGAGAGCUCACGCUGCAAUUGAUUGGGCCCCGCCGGGAGGGCGCGUGUGUCCCAGGGAGCGGGUGCGGAAGGCAGAAGGGCAGGAAGUCGGCGUUCUGCAGCGAGGGUGGCGCGACCGCGCGGGGAGCGAGCCUUCCUUAUUUAUGUGCCUGUCAGCGCUCGUCUGCUUCCUCCGAAGACUUCAGGGAGACUGUCCAAGCUACCAUCCCCAAGUGUGAGAACGCAAGGCUGAAUGUCAGAACAACAUGCUUAUCCAUUAAACUGCAAACUUUUCUUUUUUUAAACCCAAAGAAUAUCGGUGGCUUUUGCCCACUGUUAGAAGAGGGAGCCCAGGGCUCUUGAGAUGCAGCAGAAUCCGUAUUUAUAAUCAGGUUCGAUAGUGCUAUGCAAGCCCCCUCCACUCAGUAAAUUCUCUAUCCUAUGGAUCUCGCUUUUGAGCUUUGAGAUUAGAUUGCGCGCUCUACGCUGGGUCCUGCAACCUCCAUCCUUUCAAUGCCCUGUUAUUUUUGGGACUGCUGGCAUUUCCUGGAGAUUAGAGCGGUCCUGUGUGCCAUGGGCUGUAUUCAGAGCAUCGGAGGCAAAGCCAGAGUCUUCCGGGAAGGAAUUACGGUGAUUGAUGUGAAAGCCUCCAUCGACCCCAUCCCCACCAGCAUUGAUGAGUCCUCCAGUGUGGUCCUGCGCUACCGGACACCCCAUUUCCGGGCUUCAGCCCAGGUGGUCAUGCCGCCCAUCCCCAAGAAGGAGACCUGGAUCGUUGGCUGGAUUCAGGCAUGCAGCCAUAUGGAGUUUUACAACCAGUAUGGGGAGCAGGGCAUGUCCAGCUGGGAGCUCCCUGAUCUCCAGGAAGGCAAAAUUGAAGCCAUCAGUGACUCGGAUGGAGUGAACUACCCGUGGUAUGGCAAUACCACCGAGACCUGCACAAUCGUGGGCCCCACCAAGAGAGACUCCAAGUUCAUCAUCAGCAUGAAUGAUAACUUUUACCCCAGCGUCACGUGGGCCGUGCCCGUCAGCGAGAGCAACGUGGCCAAACUGACCAACAUCUACCGGGACCAGAGCUUCACCACGUGGCUGGUGGCCACCAACACCUCGACCAAUGACAUGAUCAUCCUCCAGACGCUGCACUGGCGGAUGCAGCUGAGCAUUGAGGUGAAUCCCAACCGGCCCCUGGGCCAGCGCGCCCGGCUGCGGGAGCCCAUUGCCCAGGACCAGCCGAAAAUCCUGAGCAAGAAUGAGCCCAUCCCGCCCAGUGCCCUGGUCAAGCCCAAUGCCAACGAUGCUCAGGUCCUCAUGUGGCGGCCCAAGUACGGGCAGCCGCUGGUGGUGAUCCCACCCAAGCACCGGUAACAGCCAGGCUGCUGCGAGGUGAGACUCACGGAAACAAUAUUACUACUCAGAAGGAAACCCAGAUGCCCUCUCCGGUCAUUCAGAAAAAUACAACCAUUCUACCUUCUCCAGGGGCGGAUCUCACUGUGCUAAUCCCCGCUGGCCUCCUGGCUCUCCCACCUGCUUCCCCACAGGACACACAGGUGUCCCCCGCUCCGUCACCUCUGAUCUUCUCUUCUCCCCUCCCAAUCAGUUAUUCAUUGCAGCCGAUUCCUGAAACACUGCUUUUAUUCUUUCUUCUCUCUCUCUCUCUCUCUCUCUCUCUCUCUCUCUCUCUCUCAGAUUCAGGGGCAGGGGAGGAGGCUGACUGUAAGGGGACCCAGCCUGCCCCUCCCGCCUCCCCUCUGUCUGUCUUCUGCCAUGCGGCCUUAUGUAGACUUGCUUUGCCAAACUUUUGCCUUAAGCUGAAUUUAAAGAAGAGGAAAGGAAAGGUCCCGGGUCUCUUCCCUGCAGGGCCUGCCUUCUUCUGCCAAAGUUGGAAAGAGAGGCGGGCCUAGAGGGAGGCCCACCUGAGCCCACUCUUCCUGGGUGUCUGGGUGAGGGGCAAGAGUGGGGGCUCAGGUCUAAAGCCAGCUGUUUUAUUACAUUGUCUUGGCAGAAUCAAAACUACAGACUCUGCCUGGAACCCCUACUCUGCCCCGGUAGAACCUCUCCUUAGUACCUGCCAGGGGUGCCAGCUGGGCACAGAUCCUUGACCCCGGCUCUCUUCUCAGUAGCCUUAACUUGCCUGGUGGGAUAUUCUGGGAGAAGGAAGGGACAGGUCCCAAAGUGUUAGGUCAGGGUUAGGAAACUUUCACCUUUGCUAACUCUAGAACCCGCCCCUAGGUAUGUGGCUUUUUUUCUUCCAUUUACCUUGGUCCCAAAUACCUGGCAGGGUGGGCUGGGGUGGGGCAUUGCCUCCGAAUCCUGAUUGUCUGAGCUGUGCUAAGGGAAAGAAGGUGUACCCUUCCCUCCUGACCUGUAUUGUCACACUUGAAUCCGGGGUCCCGGUGCCCCAGGCUGCCCAUCCGUGCCCCAGGCUGCCCAUCCGCUAGCACACUGUAAAGAAGCCAAUGACAUGGCUUCUGGCUCAUUCUCAGGGGAAGCAGCUCCCAGACUCUCUGGGGGUGAGCUGUAGAUGGGCUCUAAGCACCAGUUGGAGGGUGCUUGGGCCCCCUUCCCUCCCCAUCAUAGGUGCUCCUGGGGUGGGGAGGUCUGGGGAGCAGUCGGCUGACUCCCUGUUUCUUGUCUGAAGAAGGAAGCCCAGGCCCAGGGCUGGAGAGUCCCAUGUUUGGGCAAUGUCAGGUCACUGUGAAACUGGUUUGACACAUUGGCCAGUCUUAGGGUCUACCUUCUGGAGCCCUAGAACUUGGCCUUGAGUGAUGCCAAGGUUUCUAGAAAUGUCUGCUUUGAGCUGCCUGAGGGAUAUUCCUUUAAGCGUGCCAACAGCUGCAUCACUGGAUUCCAACCAAUAAUAAGCACAGAAAAACGUCAUACAAGAAAAAUAAUGGUUUUGCUGCUGAUGAGCCACUGGUAGAGGGGUCUUGGUGACAGCAUGGAAAGGCACGGCUAGAUCCCAGCUCUGUUCCUACACUUGUGACAUAUUUCCUUUAGGGGUGCUUAAUGUCCCGUCAUUCUCAGGCCACUAGAGCUGGGGCGGGGUUGGGGGGCUGGAGUCACCUGGAGUCCAGUGAGCUGAGCAGAUGGGGGUACUGGAGAGAGCUCUGGAGAGCUACUUGUCAUGGCUGGACCUCCCCUGGGACCUUCCCUUUGCGUGUGUGGAGGCUGUCGCCUUAGCUGGGAGAGCAUGGGGUCCCCACCCUGCUCUAGGCCAGGACUGGCCAUUGGCUGGAAAGUCUCCUUCUGCUUUCAGGACUCCUUGCCCUGAAGAAAGAAGAUGGGCCCUGGUGAGGGUGGAGGCGAGCCCUUGCCCUGAGCUGGGUGGUCACUAAGGGUGUCUCCCUGGACACGGGGACUCCCAAACCCACGUUUCUUGAGAUCCCUCCCCCCCGCUGCAUGCCUGGCUUUGCCCACCUGGCUUCUCUGGCUCUCCUUUCUCUCUACCCUCCUGCCUGACCCAAGACAGGGCUGGGGAGACUCCAGAGAGGCUGUGUGGGGGGGUCUGACCGAGAACACCCAGCUUCCCUUGGGCUGGCUUCCUCAGCCCAUUGCCUCAUGUUGUGACAGACCCCAGGCUUUCUGGGGUCCUGAUCCCUCUACCGCUGUCCCUCACGCCCACGCCUCCCCAGGCGUGAACACUCUCUGUUUCCAGCAAUAAGCACCAACUAUACUUGGCCAUGGAGAUACUGUGAACACAGUCCAUGCGUGCACUUACCAGCAGGCGCGAGACUCUUGAAGACAAUGUCAAAUGAACCUUUUUUUAAAGUUUAAAGUAAAAGAUAUAAAGAGAAAUAAAAUUAAUUUUAAAGCA